UCCCCUGCAGGCGCUGCUGGGGCGACAGCCUGCAAGCUGAGCGGGUACAGGGGCCUCCGCGCCUCCUCCGAGAACCGGCCCCGCCCGGCCUGCGCCCCUGUGCAUCCGACAUUUGUGUGGCGGGAGGGUGCGACUUUCUCCGGUCCGGGGGGGACGCGGACGGCGGCGGGACAAACUCGAAAAACUUCUCUGGGGCUGACGGCUGGGAUCCUGGGUGCCGGUGGAGGAGGAUGUACGAGGGCGGUGGCUGGUCCUGGGUGUUUCCAACCUCCUAAGCACCGCUCGCCCAGGCCAUGGGGCUCCAGCGCCUUCGGUGCCGCCGGAGGGGCGACGCUCUCGUCUAGCCGAGCUGGGCAGCGCUGUCGCCCACGGUGUGCACCGGGCUGGCAGCGCUCCCUCUGCCCACGUCCUGCCCAGCCAUGGACCACCAGGAGCCCUACUCAGCGCAGGCCACGGCGGCCAUCGCAGCGGCCAUCACCUUCCUCAUCCUCUUCACCAUCUUCGGCAACGCGCUGGUCAUCCUGGCUGUGUUGACUAGCCGCUCGCUGCGUGCCCCGCAGAACCUGUUCCUGGUGUCGCUGGCUGCCGCCGACAUCCUGGUGGCCACGCUCAUCAUCCCUUUUUCGCUGGCCAACGAGCUGCUGGGCUACUGGUACUUCCGGCGCACGUGGUGUGAAGUGUACCUGGCGCUCGAUGUGCUCUUCUGCACCUCGUCCAUCGUGCAUCUGUGCGCCAUCAGCCUGGACCGCUACUGGGCGGUGAGCCGUGCACUGGAGUACAACUCCAAGCGCACCCCGCGCCGCAUCAAGUGCAUCAUCCUCACAGUAUGGCUCAUCGCUGCCAUCAUCUCGCUGCCACCCCUCAUCUACAAGGGCGACCAGGGCCCCCAGCCGCGCGGGCGCCCCCAGUGCAAGCUCAACCAGGAGGCCUGGUACAUCCUGGCCUCCAGCAUCGGAUCUUUCUUUGCUCCUUGCCUCAUCAUGAUCCUGGUCUACCUGCGAAUCUACCUGAUCGCCAAACGCAGUAACCGCAGAGGUCCCAGGGCCAAGCAGGGGCCUGGGCAGGGUGAGUCCAAGCAGCCCCGACGUGACCGUGGGGGGGCUUUGGCCUCAGCCAAGCUGCCAGCCCUGGCCUCUCUGGCAGAAGCCAGAGAGGCCAAGGUACAGUCGAAGUCCACUGGGGAGCAGGAGGAAGGGGAGACCCCUGAAGAUACUGGGAACCAGGCCUUGCCACCCAGUUGGGCUGCCCUUCCCAAAUCAGGCCAGGGCCAGAAGGAGGGUGUCUGUGGGCCAUCUCCAGAGGAUGAAGCUGAAGAAGAGGAAGAGGAGGAGGAGGAGGAGGAGGAGGAAGAGUGUGGACCCCAGGCAGUGUCAGCAUCUCCAGCCUCAGCUUGCAGCCCCCCUCUGCAACAGCCACAGGGCUCCCAGGUGCUGGCCACCCUACGUGGCCAGGUGCUCCUGGGCAGGGGUGUGGGUGGUAUGGGUGGGCAGUGGUGGCGUCGACGGGCACAGCUGACCCGGGAGAAGCGCUUCACCUUCGUGCUGGCCGUGGUCAUCGGCGUCUUUGUGCUCUGCUGGUUCCCCUUCUUCUUCAGCUACAGCCUGGGCGCCAUCUGCCCGAAGCACUGCAAGGUGCCCCAUGGCCUCUUUCAGUUCUUCUUCUGGAUUGGCUACUGCAACAGCUCGCUGAACCCUGUUAUCUACACCAUCUUCAACCAGGACUUCCGCCGUGCCUUCCGGAGGAUCCUGUGCCGUCCGUGGACCCAGACGGCCUGAGCAUGAAGCCAGCCUUCCACUUUUCCCAGUGGGGCCUGCUGCUGAGGAGGAGGAAGAAACGAAGACUGAUCACCCAUGCUGGGCACUCUUGGUCCUUGGCAGAUGCUGGGAUGGGGGCUUUGGGGUGGCACCAUCUCUGGGCCCUUCUUUCCCCCUUUUGCCUGUUUUUUAAAGGCCAGAACUGUGGAUCGGUUUCCUCACCCAGCAUCCCUCCGGCAGGUGGGUGGCCACGUGGAUGCCUCACUGGGGUGAUCUUAGAGGCUUGGUCUCUGCCUCGACGGGAGAUCCCCGAUCACUGGCAUUCACCUCCUGCAAAAAUCGGGGCGACAAUAGCUUGCCGCCUACUUGCUGCAGGGAGAUGAAAGUCUUUGCAGAAAGCUUUGAGCUCCAGUGGGGGAAUGCACUGGAGAACCAAAAAUGUGAUUAUCCAGUGAUAUAAAAAUCUCUUUCUUCUGUGUUUACCACCACCUGUCUUCCUGUAGACUUUUGUUCUGUGCCUGGGGUGUGUGAAUUCCUACCCCAAACUGGAAGUGGGGAGUGGCAGACAGAAUCACUAUUUCAAGUUAAAGGAUCUCUUUGAGAAUGUGUUCUUGUGGCCGCAAAUGUCUGGGUUAUCAUGCUGCAUGACAACUUCUCAACAUUUUGCGUGUAACACCAAGAGGGUUUUUAGUGGCUUGGGUGUCCCCAGUGGGGGGCAGGUCUUUUGUCAUCAAGAGGGCAAAUUGUUUCCCCAAGACAGCCCAAAAUAUCCACACUGCGGGAACAGUCUAAGAUGAGAGCCUCUAACAGGUGGCAGAGCCCCCAGGUGGGGUGCUGGCAUGAAAGCCCGGUGGACCCCUAGGGGAGCCUCCCACUGGAGUGCCCAGCCAGGUCUCCAAGCCCCAAAUGAGUCCUUGUGAAACACAACUGAUCCCCCCAGGUGGGUGCUUGUGGGCUGCCUCAGACCCAGCCAUGCUGCUCCCCCUACGCUGAUGGGACUGUGCAUUCAGGAGCCUCUCCUUUCUGGUUCUUGGUCCCACCCCCAAACCUGGCAGCCAGAACAUUGGAAGUGUGGAAAGGAGGUUUCGGGGCCUUCCCUUGGGGAGCGCAUGGCUUCAGCAUUGGGCCAACAGGUAUCUUAGCGUGGCGGGUAUGGGGGGAAUGGGCUGAGCAGUGCAGACACUGUUGGCACCAGAUGGACCUGCGAGAUUUGGAAGGCCACUGAGGGAGUUUUUGGGGUGUAGAGAGAAUGGAGUGGACCAAAAAGAGUUCCUCCUGGGGAGUGGGAGGCUUCCCAGUCUGGGCCUCAGUGGGUUGUCAUUGUGAGGCCAGAGCAUUGCCCUGGGGUGUGGUGGGGAGCUGGGCCAGGGGAGGGACUGACUGUGACCCUCUGCCGGCCAGUGCACCCCAUGGGACCCCCAAGUGUUCUUGCCUGUGAUCUCUUAUUGUGACAUGCAGGUGUUUUUGGCUUUUUUUUUUUUAAAGUCUGAGCUAUUUUGUCAAUAAAGGAUAUUUUGUAAUAAG